GAGAGAGAGAGUGUUGGAAGUGAAUGGGUGCCGCCCAUCCCAACACAAAACAGCUGAAAGGAGAGGUGCUAAUGAUGACCCUUCAGUCACACUGAGCGUCUGGACGAUGAAGAUCUGAUCUUCAGCUCACACACACACAGGUGAAUAUAAAGCUUGUUUGGAUCCCUGAUGAUCCGGUGUUUGAUUCAUUUGUUCGUUCGCUUCACAGGAGAUGAGUUCUGCUCUGGUUCAUGACAAACUCUUCAUCAAGUCCUUCUGGGAGCAGAAGAUCAACACUCACACUCAUAUGAUCGAAGCCGAAGAAGAGAGGAGGAAGAGGAGCGCUCUCUUAAAGCUGCGUGACGAGUGGCUCACAAGGAUGGAGAACCGGACCAAACAUCUGAAGAAUUUCGAAGACAAUCGUGGGGGAAAUCCAACGGCUAACUAACGGCACAUUGGUGUGCGACACACAGAUGAGUGGAGCUCAAUAAACACACGAG